AUGUCUACCGAUUCUUCCACCCUGGAAGAUGUAUCUGCAUCGCAGACACAAACCAAACCUAGGAGACGCAAGAGGAUUAUCGUGGCCCUGACAGGUGCAACGGGUUCUAUCCUUGGCAUUAGAACUCUCAUCGCCUUGCGUCGUCUUAACGUCGAAACCCAUCACAUCAUCAGCAAGUGGGCAGAAAACACCCUCAAAUACGAGACAGACUAUACAGUGGCCAACAUCCGUGCCCUAGCCGACGCAACAUACAGCAACCAUGAUCUAGCUGCACCAAUCGCAAGUGGCUCAUUCCGCGUGGACGGCAUGAUAGUCGUGCCGUGCAGUAUGAAGACACUAUCGGCUAUUAGCACAGGCUACUGCGAUGAUCUAAUCUCGAGGGCGGCGGAUGUGAUCAUGAAAGAGCGGCUUCGGCUCGUGCUUGUGACGAGGGAGUGUCCGCUGAGUGGGGUUCACUUGCAGAAUAUGCUGACGGCUACACAAAACGGUGCAGUCGUCUUUCCGCCAGUGCCUGCAUUCUAUACAAAGCCGGCAAGGAUGGAUGAUUUGGUAAAUCAUAGCGUGGGGAGGAUGUUGGACUUAUUCGAUCUUGAUACAGAGAACUUUGAUCGGUGGAAUGGGUUUCAGAAGGGACACUGA